AUGAACAGGAUUGAGACUAGGGAUCGUGAAAAAGGAGGAAAUUCGUUCAGUAUUUGGAAAUUAUUAAUCAAGCCUAAUUACCUAAGUUUUGGACACGUUUGGUGACAAAAAUGUUUCUUUGAGGUUCAGCUCUUACCAACGGAAAAAAAAUCAACUCUUCAGCAUAUUCCUAGCACAGACGGAAGUGCGGGAAUGUUUGAAAAAAUGAAAAAAAAAUUUAUUAAUAAAUAGAUUAUUAUCAUUACGUAUAAAGCUUAAUAGAAAGCACGCUUAAUCACUCCUGUUUAUAUAAGUUAACGGUAAUAAUCUAUUUUAGUGCUUUCAUUUUAAAAGAUCUCCGAGACAUGCAACGAAACAAAGACAAUCUAUCGUCUUAGGAUUAAUAAAAUAGAAGAAAAAUCAUAAUUAAAAAUUAUUUUACUAGUGUGUGCUAAAGGUGCGCACAAGUUAAAAGCGU